AUGGGUGUCAAGCAUCCCCCACCACCCCCAACAACACCCCCAAACACCCCCUUUUUUUUCAGUGGUAUCCCCCUCCCAGCAUGUUACGUUAACCCGGUCCCGACAGCCAGGAUUCAGGAACGAGAGUGCCGUAUCCCCCCUGUGUCCGGCUCUUGGUUGAUUUUGUGUAGAACAUCCUUGAAAGGUGCAGCUGUUCGUGAGCCAACAGGAGGUCGGGCCCUGAUCGCGUGCAUGGGGGCAACUAUAGCCGCAGAUUCGCGAGUAGGGGGUUCACAGCCUUCUUUUUUUUUCUUCUUCUUCUUCUUCGACAUCACUCUCAGAGGCCAAACAAGGAACCGCCCAAUUUCAACCUUGGAAGAAUCCUCAUGCUGGAAGGCUGGAGGAAUCCAGGGCUCUCUGGACUCCCUACCAACAGAGGGUUCCGGAAUCACUCCGGCCGUGUGUUGGAGAUGGCUGGCUAUCCUGGAGUUGGCCCAGGCCCCACAACGGCCAACAACGGGCUGGAAGGGCCCGCUGCCUCUCCGCCUCUCAGUGCGUGAAGAAGUGGGCGCAGGCAAAACACCGCUUGGGGGAAAUCAACGACCUUCCCAAAGCCGUGAAGUGCGAAAAGCCAUACGGAGUAAACAGAGUGAGAUGGAAGAAUCGAAUCGUCCAUGCGGAUCUGUUCCGGUGCUGAACCGUGCCAAUCAUCACGCGUUGUUGCAUCCCUGGAUGUUGAAAAGGGCCCACUCGAGACCCGACAAGAAGGAUCAGCCUUUGCCAGGCCAGGUACCCCCCUCCAUCAAGCCGUGGGGGGGAUCCCGACAACUCCCCGGCUUCCCCCGGCUUCCCCCUGUUCUCCCCUGGCUCCCCCGUGACCCCCCGAGGACGGGAGAAGGAAAGAAGCUGAAUGUUCGACAGACAAUUGACGACAACAACAACAACAACCAACAACAAAAACCACCACAAAAGCAAACAGGCUUAUCGAUCGCCAGAGGCGGGGCGCAACCUCGGCCAGACACAUGUCGACAGAACGCUCCCUCAUGUCUCAGCUUCAGCUCCAGGAAGUCGAACGCACUUCGACUCGUAGAUGUCGCUGGAAAUCGUAUCGCCGCUGCUGCUCGUGACGGAGAGUACUCCAGAGUACGGACUCGAGGACGGUGCGCGUUCAUCUGCGUUUUCCGCUUUUCGAGAUGGAUCGUCCGUGGAGAUCGCUCGUGUCAUCCAGCCUGGCUGAAGGCCAUGAAGGAAUGGACAAGUCUACUUGUGAUUUCAGAAUUCCUUCCACACGUCAUCCGGAAGACUGCUCAAAAAUCAAAAACCCCGUCGACCAAUUCAUCACUCAAUACAGACCUCCGUGGAUAUCCUCUCCUCCAGGGGCCCUGGAUCUGGAUGCUUACACCCGAAUCCACCAAGGUUUUUGAGAGUUGUGCUCGUACUGCACAUACUGACAGCAGGGAUCUUUCGCCUUCCCACCAGAAUCCGUGUUACCGGCUACGAUCGCGAUCUCUAUCUGGAUUCAACGGCAUGAUGUUCCUGGAAGUAGCGUUUGAAGAGUAA